AUGGCAAGCCUCGUCAAGACCCUCACACACAAGGCCAGUCGCGGCCGUCUGCGCAAGCAGAGCGAUGCCUCAAACGCGACGCCGCCGCCUCCAGUCCCCACCGCGCCACCCAGCUACUCGUCUCCGUCGUCCGCGAUGAGCGCCGACUCGCCCUCUGCAAACCUUUCCCCCUCCGUCGCCUUCUCCCCAGUCUCGUCCUUGUCCACUUCCCCCACCACCCCAGCCACACCCAGCCUGCGCUUCUGGCGCAAGCGCGAGCCUUCGCCUGCCCCAGAAAAGAGCAGCCACCGUCUUACCGGCCCUCCAAAGCCCAUCCUCCGUCGCCGCGACGGUAUGGAGGCGUCGCCCUCGCCGCGUCCCGCCAGCUCCGCUCGUUUGCCCAGCUACAGUGCUGGCUACAGCCCCCAGGGUAGCGAGCGCCAGCUUGGCACGUCGCCGACCAGUUCGUCGCGCGACCACAGCUCGCCACCAUCGGCGUUCCGUCCAGCAGCUACGUCCCCUCCAACCUACGCGCUCCCAACGCCCCCGAAGGCGAACCGCCCACCAAUGCUGCGCCUCAGUUCGGCGCCAACUGGCACUAGGUGGCCAGAGGGCGGAUUGUCGCCCACCACUAGUCUGUUCAACUACACCGCUCAGACCCCCACUUUCGGUCCCGGCAUGGCCACCUCGGUCUCGUCAGCUCCCCCGGCAGCUCGUAGCAGCACCUACUCGGCGCACCGCGUGAGCUCGUACAGCCAGCGCAGCACCCGCUCGUCAAACUACCGGGUUUCGCCCCCUGGCUCCGCCACGGGUUUGUCUGCCACUGCCUCGAGUGGCGGCCACAGCCCAACCUCUGCCUCGGGUCGUCCCAACUCGCGCCAGUCGAUGCGUUCGUCUCGUCCAGGCUCGUCGGCCAGCGGUUCGUAUCCUCGUGGAGCAGCUCCUUCCAACCCCCUGCGUCCAUCUUCUGUCCUGUCGAACAAUGGUUCCACGCGCCGUCGCAGCUCGCGCCCCGCCGCACCCAGUGGCAGCAGGACGCGUGCCUCCAUUUCGAUUUCGCCGACAUUCCAGCCGCCCUCCCCUUCAAACGGCUCCAUGUGCAUGUCCCCGGGUCCCAUCUCACCCAUGUCGGCGGGCCACAGCCCCGUGUCGCCCAUGGCUCCCCUUACACCCCUCGGUGCUGCGUUCGCGAUCCCCUCUGCCCCCCCUCUGUCGCCUGCCACACUCGGCCGCCAGGCGUUUGGCGGUGCAUCGCCACUGGCCACCGUGCCACAGUCCCCAGACGUCAACGAUUCGGCGCCCUCCACGCCCGAUCUCAACCGUUGGGACUCGCCUGCUGGAAACGACCUUGCCUCGCCCUCGUUGGCCAGCACCCCAGGUGGUGUUUGUCCCACCCCGUUCCGCACGCCCACUCCUCGUCGUACGCGCUCGGAUGCUGGAACAUCGACCCCGCCCAGGCGCGCAAACACGACCCCGCGCCGCAAGCUCACAGAGGACGGUUCGCCCCUGCCCAUGCUCAACCUCAUCCCGGCUACCCCUCAGGAUGUCGUUGAGCGUCCCCCCUCGGCACCUGCUGUCGAGGACGAAGAGCGCAAGCCCGUCGCGCGUGUUCUGUUCGAGGAGUGGGGCAAAACCAGCCCCCACCUCGACGAUGUGGCCCUCGGUCCUGGCUCGCCCAUCCAGUUGAACGUUAUGCAGCUUGACGACCUCGAGUCGGACUCGUCUGACAACGAGACGGACGACAGCGAUGACCGUACCGCCGACGCCCACGAGGAGGACAGCGAGUACAACGCGAUCGCUCUUGCUCUCCUGGCCCGCGAGCGCCAAGCUGCCGCCGCCAAGGCCAAGACCCUUGCCACACCCAUGCCUCCUCCCAAGCCGGCCAAGUCGCCAGCGCGCAAGCUCACUGGCACCGACAAGGGCAAGUCGUUGUACGAGGCUCACGACGACGGCCGCUCCAUCUCGCACUCGUUGGCCGAGCUCGCGGCCCUCGCCUGCGAUCUUCCUCCUCUUGGCGAGGAGCUGACCCAGACUGCGGCUGCGGCCUCCCAGCGUCUUGCCGCCGCUCGUGCCGCCGUCGACAGCACUGUUCCCACUACUCCUCCUCGCGUGCGCCGCGUCCCAGUCCCUCAAGUGACCGAGCCCAUGACGCCGCCUCAAUCGGAAGGCUCAAGCGAGCCUUGCACUCCAGCCAGCGUUCCCCGCUCCCUCCCUGCUUGUGGCCGCCCCGUAUGCGCGGCCCCAUGCGAGCCCCUGCCUCCAUCACCCGAGUUCAUGUCGUACGGCUCGCUCCCGUCGCUUGUGUCGCACGACUCGGUGCCCUCCAACAUGAGCCACGACCCCGAGUCGCUCACGCACAUGUCCCACAUUGGCACCGCGUCCCCCGACGCCGAGGAGGCCAUGGCCCACAUGCUCCACACGCUGUCGUCGUCGACUUCGGGGCCCUUUUCGCUCAACUUUAGCCAGUACAUGACCCAGACCACGCCCAAGGGCAUGUCGGCAGACCUGGCGCCCGAGAACCCCGGUCUCGGUCUCGGUCUGGACCAGGUCGACCUCGCAUCUUUUCCUUACUUUGACUCGCCCGCCACUGGCUCGCGCGGCGAGGCCGAGAACCUCGCCUCGCCCGUGUUCAAGACUCCCGCGUCGCCCAACACGCGCCAGAUCCACCGCAUGAGCGCCGCCGCCGCCCACCCGCACCGCGUGGCACUCUACGGCACACCGCGUCUGUUCCGUCGUUCGGUCGACAGCGCCAUUUCCGCCAGCACGGCCACGACGGCCGCGUCCCCGCGCGACUCGAUGCACCACGUCUCCCACUCGAGCGUGAGCAGCAUGUCCAUGGCCAGCGACAUUAGCGACGACGACGUCCUCAACGCCGCCAUCAUGAACGUCACGCCCUUCUCGGGCCCCUACGUCGUCCGCAGGGAGGAAGCGUACUCGCAAGAGGUCGGCAUUGCGUACUAG